CAAAACACUGCAUCCCCUCCUUGCAAAGUCUCAUGCGCAAGCAAUCCCUGUCCAUUCUAUUCUCUUACACAUCACGUUACUUUUGUGUGAGAGCAGUGCCUUCUGUUUCGUUUCCCAGAGCUCCUUUUUCUUCUAGAGCUUCACUCGCAUAUAAUAUGGCGUCACCAGCAGCGGCCAAUGAUUUUUUGUCUUUUGUGAACGCUUCUCCCACUCCUUUCCAUGCUGUGCAUUCAGCGAAGGAGCGCCUCGCUGAAGCCGGCUUCAAGCAGAUCAAGGAGCGUGACUCGUGGGCGCACACUCUUCAUGCAGGAGGAAAGUACUACUUGACGAGAAAUGGCACCUCGAUUGUGGCCUUCGCCAUUGGCAAGAAAUGGAAGCCCGGUAACCCUAUCGCGAUGAUCGGUGCCCAUACGGAUUCUCCUGCGCUUCGUAUCAAACCUAUCAGCAAGAAGCAGGGCGAAGGCUUCCUCCAGGUCGGCGUCGAGACCUACGGCGGUGGAAUCUGGCAUACUUGGUUCGAUCGCGACUUGAGCAUCGCUGGACGGGCAAUGGUUCGAACCGAGGAUGGUCACUUCGAGCAGCGACUAAUCAAAGUCGAUCGUCCAAUCCUCCGAAUCCCCACCUUGGCCAUCCAUCUUGACAGACAGGAAACUUUCUCCUUCAAUAAGGAGACACAACUGUUCCCUAUCGCUGGUCUAGUCUCGGCCGAGCUGAACAGACAAGGAAAAACGCCAGAGAGCGUCAAGGCUGAGGCUGAGAAAAAGACUGAAGAGACAUCCAAGGAUGACUCCAAGGAUAAACCGUUCCAACCCUUGAAGGCUAUCACCGAGCGACACCAUCCUUAUGUUGUCGAGCUUAUUGCAGGCGAGGCUGGGGUUAAGCCGGAGGACGUGGUCGAUUUUGAAAUGGUUCUUUACGAUACCCAGAAAUCCUGCAUUGGAGGCAUCAAUAACGAGCUCAUUUUCUCCGCCCGCCUAGACAAUCUGAUGAUGUCGUAUUGCAGCACAUCAGGCAUAAUCGAAUCUCUCAAGUCCGUGUCAGCGCUCGAUGAGGACCCUACAAUUCGUCUCAUCUCGCUCUUCGACCACGAAGAGAUCGGCAGCCAGACCGCACAGGGUGCCGACUCGAACCUAUUACCCUCAGUUAUCCGUCGCCUCUCUGUCCUACCUUCAUCGCUGGAAACCGAGUCAGAUAAGUCCUAUGACAAGGUCGAGCGUGAAAGCUCUGAAAGCGCGACUGCGUAUGAACAGACGCUCUCGACAUCCUUCCUCAUCUCAGCAGACAUGGCGCACUCUGUGCAUCCCAAUUACUCGGGCAAGUACGAAUCGGAUCACCGACCAGAAAUGAACCAGGGUACGGUCAUCAAGAUCAAUGCCAACGCUCGCUAUGCUACCAACUCCCCAGGAAUCGUCUUGCUGCAAGAAGUGGCUCGGCGGGCCCCAGCCCAGGGGGAAUCCAGCGCAGGCGUGCCCCUGCAAAUGUUUGUCGUGCGCAACGACUCCUCUUGUGGAAGCACCAUUGGACCGAUGCUCUCCGCAGCCAUGGGCGUGCGUACAUUGGAUCUAGGUAACCCGCAGCUCAGCAUGCACAGUAUCCGUGAGACCGGCGGUGUGCACGAUGUAGAGCACGCAGUUCGCCUAUUCUCUAGCUUCUUUGCCCACUAUGGAGAAUUGGAGAGUAAAAUUCUUGUUGAUUAAGUCAUUGGUGUUAGGGACUUUUCCCAUUUGCUUUCUUGGGGUGGGGGGAGGGGGCGUAGGUUCAUUGAGGAGCAACCGCAGUCUUCUAUCACCAUCAUUAGAUGUUGAUAGUUCAAUAUAUGUUGGAUCAAAGCGUUGGUGUACGUUGAGUAGGUGUAUAUAGUUUGGUGAUAUCUAAAGAAUAUAUCUCAAUUCUAUUUGCAGCAGCCACGU